CUCAGGCAGUUUACCUGCCGAGGUAAAGGGGUUGAGAACUCAGGCAGUUUACCUGCCCAGGUUGAUUUGGAGACUGCAGCAACUGGGAGCGAGUGUGUGGUACCAUCAUGUUUCUGUGAUCAUGCAUUCACGUCGAUACAACACCCAUACUGCGCCAUCAUCUUCUGGCAAUGGAUUGAAUAAUGGCGCCAUUUCAUCAUCGGCUGGGCCACAAAAACUCAAGUCGAGCUAUGGCAGCAAAGGGAAGAAAGCAUGGGAUCUCACGGGUCUAAUAUCAUCUGUAGGGCUUGGAUUGGGAGUCAAGCUGAGAAAGGACAAGAGAUUCAGCAUGACUCUGCUGACCAUGGCACUGGCUUUGAUGGGACUAUUAUUAUUCCAAAGACGAUCCUCCAAAGUGACCCUCGUGACGAGCUACUUUGCCGAUGCGAUCUUGGGGGAGGAUCGGAAACUGCAUCUGUAUGAAAUUGAAGCCACCAUGUUGAAUAAUAUCCACAAUCCGCACUAUCAUCAAGUGGUCGUUAUCCUAGAUGGUUCCUCGGAAAAGUCCAAUUGUGCUACCUUUCGAAAACACAUGAUACAGUUGCAGCAGCAAUUUCUUGAAUGGAGUGGAAGCACUACUAGUAUUGCAAUUUUUUCGGUGCGUGUGGAUAUUGCCCAAAAAUUGACUUGUGUGGAUCGUCCACAAGACCAACCCAAUGUCUAUGAGAUGUUCCAAUAUGCCUUGGAUCCACAGCUUGUCCAAACCGAAAUUGUCGUGCUCUGCAAUGCCGAUCAGGCUUUUGACGGGACUCUGGCAUGGGCUCGCCAGAAUCUAGCACACAACAAUAUCUAUAUCUUGACAUCCAUGGGAUUGCCCAAUGAUGAAACAAGGGCGGGGGCCGUGUAUCAGCAUUUUCAAUUCGUCUACCGCGACAAACCCAUGCCAGCCGACACUGUGGCAGUAGCACCAGAUCAAUGCAUGGAUUCCACGACGUCGUGGGAUGGAUACAUUUUUCAUCCGCAACUCUUGCGGGGUCGACUGUCCCCACAACAUUUUACCCGCGCUGUGCGACCCGAAGUACAUGUCGGUGGCAACAACGCCUAUGGUGAGGGCAAUACUAAUGCCUUUUUCAAACUGAAUGAAAAUGCCGCCGAAUGUGCCACCUUGUGGGCACUCCAAACCAGUGUUCCCGAAGCCGUGGCCGAAAAUCCCUGCGAGUUUGUCCAUCUAUGGCACGUCCAUGCCGCUCCCAAAAUGCAUGCACACGGAAAGCCGUUUUGGCAACACGAAACCAACAAGUGGGCUCGGUUGGACCGAGUUCCGCCGCCCUACUUUUUUGCCAAGCACUUGCACAAACAUGGGAUCCAUCAACCCAAACCAUCGCCACGACAUCCUCGGAAUCAUAUUUACUAUACGUUGUCGCUGGUGACGACCGUUUCCGCCAAGCGCCGUGACGGCGAUCCUCAUGUGGACGAAACAGUGGCGGCCAUUCUCAACAAUUGGAACAAUCCAUUCUUGGAACAAGUGGUGGUGAUUUUGGAUUCGUCCACGGAUCAAGACAACUGCAGUCAUUUUCAUCAGUACAUGCAAAAGUUACAAGAACGUUUUGAUGGAUGGAUUUGGUACCAUCGAUCAGUCAAGAAUCAAAAUCUGGGCAUGUCGACUUUGGUGUGUGUGGACCGAACCGAGGAAGGAACUCCCAGCUAUUACGAUAUGCUUCAAUACGCCUUUACACACCCAGCCAUUACGGGAGAGGUCGUGAUAUUGGCCAAUCCCGACGAGGCAUUCGACGAACGAGUCAAAUGGGCUUCCCGCGUCAAACAGAAUAUGCUCGUGGCAGUACCCACCGUGUCCGCCAUGCAUUACGAUUUGGUCUAUGAUCCGGCCAAUGUCACACUACCCGUCUCGACAUUCUUCCAGUUUGCACACGGACCCAUGCAGGAUCAAGGCAACACAUCGUCCAUUUAUCCUCUUCUCAAAAAGGAUCAAAACUUUUGCGAGUCCUCCUCAUUGGACGACUUUAGCAGCUUGGUCUUUCAUCGGAAUGCACUCAAUAAUGAAACCCAUCGGCUCCAAUCCGCCGACUUUGAACGGGAAUUAUCCGGGACCAAAGCCCUCUUUGGAAUGAAGGAACAGGGUGCGGGAAGUGCUGCGGUGGCAUCACUCCUCCAAACUGUACCCAAGUUGAAGGAUUUCAUGGGAUGUAGCAGGAUUAUGAAUUGGCGAUUUGAUGCCGCAUCCUCGUCUCCACCUCAUCCGCAAUGGCCGGAAAAGGUCCCCGGUCCGCAUCGAAUUCCGAAACAACGAGGAGUUGGCAAAGCCUUCCUGUCCAAAGUAGAACUUGCUCGAAAGAAUCAAUGACACUCAUCGAUCAUAAACUAAUACUUUAGAAACAGAAACAUUAGAAGGGAUUCAUCAUUCUUAAUCGUCAACUACAUAUACCCCGGCUACGGUGGCCCCUGUAGCUACCGCUACCAAAGAGGCCAGCUCCGGAAGUAUGCAUGUGUUUCUUGAAUCCGAGGUAAAUAAAGGAAAAUCUGUGGAAUGUGUGCGA